AAUCGUUUCGGGAUGACCAAGCGUAUUGUGGAUAUGGCCCAACCAGAUGGCAUCCACGGUCAGUUCUGAACUCCCCUCGUUCCCCUGAGUAUGGUGCUAUAGAACAAUACUCCUGGCCAGUUACAUCCACAACUUCCAUGUUCCCCAAUGCGCGCACGUGAUGCUCUAUGACUGCAACAAAAUUGCACACUAAUUGCUCGCCACCACCACCAUGUUGAGGACUUUAGGAUUACGUAGCUUGCGUGCACCCGUGGCAUUCCGCCCAAUCAGAAGAGGCUUGGCCACCUCCGAGAGCAACAUCAAAGAAAUCGCCGACCUUCCCCAAUUCAGAGAGUUCAUUUCCAACACUGAGCGUGUUUCUGUCAUUGACUUCUACGCCACUUGGUGUGGUCCAUGCAAGGCGUUAGAGCCAAUCUUUGACAUGUUGGCCCAACGUGUUCCCGAGGUGCAAUUUGGCAGAGUGGAUGUGGAUGCUGCUCAGGACGUUGCUGGAGAGUACGGCAUCACUGCCAUGCCCACCUGUCUCUUCUUCAAGGACGGCCAGAAGGUCGACACCAUCAUUGGGGCCAAUCCUCCCAAGUUGGUGGAGUUGAUCCAGAAGCAUGGUGACGUCAAGAUUGGUAAGUAGUGAAUACAAACUGAGGAGGCGUAGUCAGAUGUAGGCACUGUUGGUGGUGUUGAAUACAUAGUACUUCCAAAGUAAAUGUCACACUUUCGGUAACUGGAUGUAUCACUUUCAAAUUUUUGUUAAGCUCCAGGGUAUGGCAGAACGGAUGGCAACAAAGUAACC